AUGGAGAGCUAUGCUGCCAAUGCGACAGAAUCUGCAGCAGACGACUCGAGCGUCACGUCGCCGCCGCUCAGCGGGGCGAAUGUUGCCCCUCGCUCAAACGCGCUCUCGAACAGAUUGACCUCCGUCCUCUCCGCAUCGUACGCCGACUCGGACAUUCGAGAUGCGUUGGAAACGCUGGACAUAAGGGAAACGCACAAUACCCCCGAAACAAGGCGGCAGCUCCGGUUAGAUGUUCAAAAGGAAGUCAUCAGCUGUAACGGCGAGAUUGUGGCGGACUUUGGAAAGGUCGCAGAGCAAUUGAAACAACUCGGCUCGGUGAUUGUCGAUCUACAGCAGAUAUGCACAGAAAUGCGAAAACACAUUACGCUGUCAAAGCAAGAAACAGCAGCCGUGCUUGACGAGGCAGCCUCUCUCACGGAACAGAGGCGAGAAACCGAGACGAAACAGCGCCUGCUCGACGCAUUCAAUAAGCAUUUCGUGGUACCGGAGGACGAUUUGAACCUGCUUACGUCCACAGGCGAGCCGGUCAAUGAACAAUUCUUUGUCGUGCUGGCUCGCGUGAAGCAGAUUCAUAAUGACUGCCAAGUCCUGCUCGGCGGGGAGGACCAGAGACUGGGGCUGGAAAUAAUGGAGCAGAGCUCGAAGCAGUUGAAUUCGGCAUACCAGAAACUCUACAGAUGGAUCCAAAAAGAAUUCAACUCUCUCAACCUGGAAGACCCACAGAUCAACAGUUCAAUUCGACAAGCGCUACGCGUGCUUGCAGAGCGACCCAGUCUAUUUCACAGCUGCCUUGACUUUUUUGCAGAAGCCCGAGAAUAUAUCUUGUCAGACGCAUUCCAUCAUGCUCUGACGGAUUCGGUUUCUGGGGCUGCGGCGGACCAAAACGUGAAGCCCAUCGAGUUCUCCGCCCACGAUCCGCUACGGUAUGUAGGUGAUAUGCUGGCAUGGGUGCAUUCGGCCGCCGUCUCGGAGAGAGAGGCCCUGGAGGCACUCUUUGUAUAUGAAGGGGACGAGCUUGCGCGUGGGCUUCAAGCUGGCCUUAGCAGCGAGGUCUGGUCUCGCGUUGACGAGGAAGAAACGCCGGUAUUCGAUGGGAAGAAAGCGCUCAAUGACCUGGUCAAUCGUGACCUUGGCGGCGUGUCCAGAUCACUUCGCCAACGGGUGCAAUUGGUGAUCGAAGGACAUGAUAAUGCAGUCACGACUUACAAAGUGGUCAAUCUACUAGCAUUUUACAAAACCACAUUCUCAAAACUAGUCGGCCCCGAAUCCCAUCUCACCGAGGUGGUUACCGGCCUAGUCGAGUCUACGUUUAAGCAUUUCGAGACGCUAAUGCGCGACCAGGCUCACUUGCACUCGACAGAUCCACACAGUUCAACUCCGCCAGAUGAUCUCUCUGUUCCGCAAUUCCUUGCCGACGAGUUGGAGGCGCUAGCUUCUCUGAUGAAAGAGUAUAAUGCCUCUGUUGGGGCUGCAGUCGAUGUGCAGGAUCAGGAAGAGAACGAAUUCACGCCGGUUCUUCGGGUUGCUCUUGAUCCGUUCCUGGACAUCGCAAAGGCUUCAGCUAAUGAGCUAGACGACGACAAGGCGUCGACAAUAUACAAGACCAACAUCUUGCUUGCUGUGCGCGCGACAGUGUCUUCAUACCCUUUUGCCUCUGCAACCCACCUGAGCCCUAUCUCCAAUGUGCUAUCUAACCUGCGUGUCGAACUGCUCGACAUCCAACGGCAGUUCCUACUGGAGACAUCUGGACUGCAAGACCUCUUGACCGCGCUCGAACCAUUUUCCCAGAAAGCGCCCAAGACACAAACGCAGAAUCUCGCGGAGAUUGGCGAUCUGACUGCUUUCCAACCCGCGACACUAUCGGCCAUUAGCCAGCAACUAGAUGACUUCCUCCCGUCUGCGCUGAUGGACGCCACAGAUAACCUGAAACGAGUACGCAACCUUUCGCUCGUCAAGUCCGUCACCGAGGAAGCCGUGGAGGAAUUCUGCCGCGAUUUCGAAUUUGUCGAGGGCAUGAUUAUUGGCGCGGACGAGGCACGCGGCACAAAAGUGGACAUGUCGCGCAUCGAGAUGGAGAGUGAUAUUGUCUCGGUCAGUGUGAGGGGCACGCAGAUUGGGGGCAAUAAUGAUGAGGCAGACACGUCGGCUGAAGGGAAGCAUAGUCUGCGAGCGCUGUUCCCGCGAACGGUGGGUGAGAUUCGCGUUCUGUUGAGUUAA